AUGCGCUACCGCUACGAAAUUUUCCGGUUGAACCGCUUCAUAAGUGUCAACAAUCUUCCGUAUAAUCUCUGUCACCGGAGGGAAAAUGAAAAAAAUUAGGGAUAAAUUCACACGUUGUCAACGAUUUCCAAAAUAAGACUGAAAAUUAUGUACCCAGUGUAUCGAUUUCUCAAAGUUGUCGGAUAUCACAAGCAUGCACAACGUUAUUACGCAGCUCGAAGAGAGCAGGAUUAUUACAAAAUUUUGGGGCUCAAGGCCGAUGCUACGAAGCAGGAUAUCAGAGCAGCUUUUCUAGAUAUUUCUAAACGAGUGCAUCCAGACACAGGAAAUAAGUCUGGUCACACAGAAUUCAUUAGGGCCACAGAGGCUUACAAUAUUCUCAGUAAAGAGUCCACGAGACGAGAGUACGACGAAUUUUUGAACACUAGACAUCGGCGGCGUCAUACGCGUUAUUAUCCCGACGAGCCAACAAUUGUCCAUCACCGAGCAUCCCGAUUUGAGCAGUGGCGAGACGACAAUAUACGACGCUACUCCCAAAACCCCUACGGCACUGACACCAGGACACACCGCCAACCCUAUCCAUUUAGAAGAUUCUCAAAAGCCCAGAUCGUCAUGAUAUGUAUUAUCGUAAGUGUAACAAGCUUCUUUGCCCAGAUGAUGGCAGUCGUCAAGUCCCCGACUUUUGACAGAGGCAAGAUGCUGGAACGUUCUACAGCGUACAACACAGAGCUGCAGCAGCUUCAGGAAAAGGCAAAUAAUUGUCAAUCAAGGGAGAAGAGCGUUGAGGCCUUCCUCAGUCCUAUCAAUGAUACACCAAAGUGAGGGUAAAAUUUCCUCGUGUGACGUGAUAGCAGAGAUAGUAAAUUAAUUUUGUUGAAUAAUGUGUAGUCGGAGUAUUUAAAUCAAUUUAUUUUCUUAUUAAAAUGAAUUUAAACAAAUGAAAGUCAAUAAAUAAAGUAAAAUCGUCA